AUGGUGAAGGAGGAGGAGGAUGAGGAGGAAGUGUCGCCGAUUGGUGUGGAGGGGCAGCCCACUCCCAUUGGGGGGAAUAGAGAAGACCAAAUGCAUGGGAGCACUCUAUUAUUACGGACACCACCUACUGGAAAAGGUACCCCACCACCCCUACCUAGUGGUAAGGGUACCCCACCACCCCUACCUAGUGGAAAAGGUACCCCACCACCCCUACCUAGUGGUAAGGGUACCCCAUCACCCCUACCUAGUGGUAAGGGUACCCCACCACCCCUCCCUAGUGGUAAGGGUACCCCACCACCCCUACCUAGUGGUAAGGGUACCCCGCCAUCCCUACCUAGUGGUAAGGGUACCCCACCACCCCUACCUAGUGGUAAGGGUACCCCACCACCCAUGCAGGUGUUGGUAAACCCGCCGCUAGCAUCAGAGGGUAUGAAGCUGCGGCCACUCCCAUUGAUUCACCUAGGGGGAGCUAUAUGUCCCCCACUACCAGGAGCGGCCAAGGAUCCUCCUCCCCCACUACCAGGGUCUGCCAAGGGUGCCCCUCCCCCACUACCAGGGUCUACCAAGGGUACUCCUCCCCCACUACCAGGAGCGGCCAAGGGUACCCCUCCCCCACUACCAGGGUCUGCCAAGGGUACUCCUCCCCCACUACCAGGAGCGGCCAAGGGUACCCCUCCCCCACUACCAGGAGCGGCCAAGGGUACUCCUCCCCCACUACCAGGAGCGGCCAAGGGUACUCCUCCCCCACUACCAGGUAAGGGUACCCCUCCCCCACUACCAGGGUCUGCCAAGGGUGCUCUUCCUCCACUACCAGGUAAGGGUACCCCUCCCCCGGUACGUGUGUCAAGUGGUAAAGGUUGUGCCCCUCUACCCCCCUGUGGCAAUUCUCUCCCUAAAGUCCCUCCAGGCCGGUCUCCAGUGUACGCAUCGCCCCCACCACCCUCAACAGCAGCAGGAUCACCUCUGGUCCUUCGGUCCCCGCCUCUCGCCUCCCCACCCCCAUCAACUCCAGCAAAUCAUAGGUCUCCACCCAAAAGCGGCCCCCGAACGAGAAAAGCAGCGGCUUUGCCUCUGGGUAAGAAGCUCCACUGGAAGGCCAUACCAGACCGGCUCAUUGGGUCUACCAUAUGGGCGAGCUACGACGAGGAGGGGUCCUCCACACCGUCGGACGACCACUUGGGAGAAACCCUGGCGAGGGAUGUGGCGGAAAUGAAGACCGUUUUUGGAGCUUCUGGGAAUCCUGAUGAGAAAAAAAGCGAGAGGAAGUCGAAACUCGUUGAUGACCGACCAAAACUGAUAGAGAUCCUUGAUCAGAAAAGAGCUCAGAACGCGGGGUUGGUGAUGGCGCGGUUGCCUGUGGAGUUGUUGGUUGAGAAGAUGGAGAAUCUUGAUACCGACAAUAUGGUGGAUGCCUCCGAGGAAGAGGACAGCAGCAGUGCGGCGUUGGUACCAAGCUCUGGUGUAGGUCUCCGAGCGUCGGGUUUCGGGUUUUUGAUCUAUACUGGGAAUACAAGCGUGUAUGUUGUGUGA